GGCACGGAAGCUAGUGCGCGGGGAUCUGCUGGUCUCAGCGGGGGCCUGAUGCAGCAUCUGCUUAAAUCACGAAGAAACCCCACACAGGAAGAGCUAGUGCCGCAGGUGCUUGUACUAGAACUAGGUCCUGUUGGACCGAAAAGGCUAAGAGAUGCAGAGUGACCAUUGUCUCUGGGAUGCCAAGCUUAUUGAGUGUGUGCAAAUUUGCACUGGCAAAGGCAUGAGUGAAGGUUCGUUUUGGCGAUGGAGCUUGUGGCGCCUGCGGGCUGUCCUUGUGGAGGUUAGCGUCAAUGGCAGCGACGGUGUAGAGCACGCAGCAGUUACCUCAAGCGCACUGGUAUUACCAGGUGCUCGCGGCUCCUACGUACGCAGCGCACCCGGACGAGACGACUCUUUUGUCGAUGCAGUAGUAAAGGCUCGUGACAGAGCGUCGUGGGCCGUGGUUACGCGCUACAUUGACUCCAGGCGGUACGCUUCGGUCGAUGGAGCGCGCGCUGGCGCUAUUCGUGUGUUACGAGGGACCCGCUCUGGUAGGCAGCAAGAUAGGCCAAGCAGAUAGCGCGUCGGGGGCUACUAAUUGGUGCACGGUCUUGCUUUUGCCUAGUCAAAAUCAAAAUUGAUCUCGGGUGAUAGCUUUCUUUUUUCCAAGAAAACAAAGGUAAACGGACGCUGACGAUUCUCUGCUCCACGGACGGCAAGCAUUGCAUUUUUUCCCCGCUAACUGCUCUCUUAGCACCAG